UCUUUUUCAUGUGCUUGGUGUGUAGCUAAGGGGAGUAGCUAACCAGAAACCAGAACCUUCUAGUAGUUUCUGUGGAGCGUAAAAAAGUGUCCUGCCGUGAAAUUCAAACCAAAGGAGGCUAUUUCUACGAAAUUGAUCCUUGUACAGAGGGUAAAAUUGUCAUUGAACAAAAUUAUUAUGCCUCCUUAUAGUUCUGAUUUAGCAACAAGAUGUGAUGGACACAUAAACUCCUAGUAUUAUACUGUACUUUAUUGUAACAACAAGAAAAAAAAACUAUAAUAAUAAUAAUAAUAAAUAUAUUCCUUCAUUGUUAUGACCCUGAUCUGAGGGUUUUCACAUGUAUUGGAAAUGAGCGUUUUAAAUAAAUACGACUUAUACUAUAACUUUUUUCCACCAAUUAUAAUCUCUGCUGCUUGGGAAGGUUGAAAUAAAGGUUAAUCACACAAAAUCCAGUGUCCUUUUUUGCGUGGGGAUAGAUAUCUAAAUAUGAUAAUAGUACAGUAUAUAGAACUAUAUUAAAAAAGACUGUGCUGCAUAUGUGAGAAUGGAGUCCAAAUUUAUGACGCAGUGCAACAAAACUGUAUAAAUAAAAAGCAAUCUUGUGAGAAAACGGCAAAUCAAAAACUGCCCUUGGAGAUUUUUUUUCAAAUUAAUAGAUAUUAUUGCCACUAUUAUUUUCAGGCUUUCCACCAUUUAGUAAUUAAUAAAUACGUUUAAAACAAGUGUCAACCUUGAUAUGGCCCGAUGUAUGGCGGCCAUUAACUUUACACAACCACACGAGGGAGAAAGACCGAGUUCAAUUUUAGUUCAAUAUUUCCUGGGAUCUGCAGGGCCUUAAUUUGUCAAUGGCUCUCUAUUUUAAGAUUUCCUUUCAUGUACAAAGACCUUGAGGGAAACCGACUCUUUGACCUGGAGAGUGUUUCCAGGUCGGAGGCUUAGUUUGGUAGAUGUUUGUGUAGAAAUACAAAUAAAAAUAUUCUCAACAGGGGUGAGCGCGUGGCCACAGCUUUGGUGUUUUGCCACCCGGGUUUCUUCGGUGAAAGUAGUCUAAUAUAUUUUUAAACAACAUCUUAAGUGAACACAGUCUCUUGUGCAGCAUUCUUAAGGGGCCUGGAUGGAUGAAGAACAAGCCCCUCCACGCUGUUUGAUCUUGAUCUCAAAGUUAGUGACAUUUUAGUUCAGAACAAUUAUUUAAAAUAAUUGAAAUUUUAGUUCAGAAUAUCCAUCCAUCCAUUUUGUAUACCGCUUGACCCCACGGGCGUCGCGGGCGUGCUGGAGGCUAUCCCAGCAGUCAUCGGGCAGUUGGCAGGGCAACUGAUUGUUGUUCAGAACAAAUGAUUUAUUUGGAUAGGUUUAUGCGCACGUGAUUAUAGGCGCGGCUAGAAGCGGACGUGAGGAUCCAACUUCCUGUAUGACGUAUGGAGAGGAUCAAGGCAGGUGACAAAAAAAAAAAAGAACGCGGUGACACUUCAGUAGUACGGACUUUUCCACUAAGAGCUAGCGCGUACGCAAAACAUUAACAGAUUUAAAAAUGGAACCAAAGCUGAUUGCAUUGUUUUUGUUUCUUUUUUACUUUGUCAGCGCAAACCAAGAUUCUGUGCAGGAUGAAGUGUCUUGCCGUAAAAUUCAAGGCAACGAAGGCUGUUACCACAAAUUUAAACGUUGCCCAGGGGGUCAAAUUGACGUUAAGCAAGACAAGACUACUAUUGGCCAUGCCGACUUCAUCAAGAAUCCGGCCAGCAUUACAUCCGAUGAAUGUAUGAAUGAGAGUGGUAUUUUCAUAAACUACGGCAGGAACAUUUCAGUAGUGUACCACAAUUGCAGUGGGGUGCCUGAAGAUAGCACAGAUUUCUAUUGUACUCAUGAUACUUCAAUGAAUGGAGCGCUCGGAACCAGUAGCAAGCCUAAUGUAACUCAUCCUAUUGCCAAUGAUACUUCAAAGAAUGGAGCGCUCGGAACCAGUAGCAAACCCAAUGUAACUAAUCCUAUCGCCAAUGAUACUUCAAAGGAUGGUGAGUUUGGGACUGGUCUGAGUCAUGAAAUGCCACGGAUGAAAACGGUGUGGAACCGUGUUCGUGGUCCUUUGGUGGUCGUGGUCGUGGCCCUGGUCCUGGUCCUGUGCGUCAAGGGGAGGAGGGAACCAGACAACCAUGAGGGAAACAAUAUAGAAAUGGAGCCCUUACAGGAUGUCGUUGAGCCUGAUCAAGCUGCCUCAGCUUAAGGUUAGGUUGGACUUGUUUCUUCUCUGCCAAGCAUUGGUGUGGAAUCAAAGGCAGAGAAGAGGAAAACGCUGUGCUUGUUGCACAUAAGAAUAGCAAAAGGAAUAUAUUAGUAAUACAUAUUAGUAAUUAAUAAUACUUUAUUAUUUUGCCUCCUUAUAGUUCUGAUUUAGCAACAAGAUGUGAUGGACACAUAAACUGCUAGUAUUAUACUGUACUUUAUUGUAACAACAAGAAAAGAAAACUAUAAUAAUAAUAAUAAUAAUAAUAAUAAUAAUAAUAAUAAAUAUAUUCCUUCAUUGUUAUGACCCUGAUCUGAAGGUUUUCACAUGUAUUGGAAAUGAGCGCUUCAAAUAAAUACUACGACUUAUCCUAUAA